CACCCUCUACUUCGUAAAUCUGCAGUUGCGAUUGGCUGGAAGAGGGUGCCUGGAUGCUGAUGAUAAGGCGGCAGCAAGGAUGUGUGAUGCUGAUAUCCACAAAUUGUUAUUCCGGUCAUUUCCGUUUCGGCCCCGUUGUGAUUUAGUAGACUUUCUCGUUCGUAAUUAAUAUUUUUGUGUGCGCAAUCAGUGCAAGAAUGCCCCUGAUUACGAUCGUUCCCGACGCGAAACCCACAGACGGUGGCCUGGAAUGGUCAAAUGAUAGAGAAACUGUGGACGGUGGCAUGGAAGUUUAUCCAGCAGGAGGGAAAAUCGGCCCCACUCAUCAGGAAAUCGACUCAUUGUCUGAUGAUGACGAUUUCUCUGAUGAUCUUUCCCUGGUUGAUAGUGACGACGAGAAACGCUUCGAUUUGAAUCGGUAUUCGCCUCACAACGCAAUUCAG